GUGUCAUGCGUCGCAGUACAGAUAUGUAGCUUAGCCUCCACAGUGGGUGUAUGCCAUUUCGGAGGACAUCAUCGUCAUCAUCAUGAAUGUGCUUUGUCAGGAAGAAGCGGAACGCCAGGGUCGAAGGAGGUGGACGGCUUGGGACAACAGCCAUUUCUUAAAUGCUAGUCGUCAAGAUAUCUGCAAAUCGAAGGAUAACGACAUGCCUGCACCGGCGCCCGACGAAGAGGACACCGCGAUCGCAAAUCUGAAUAUCAACGAAGGCCUGCAAGAACAAGAAGAUGCGAUGAAGGCAGCCAUCGCUAACCACAACGCCGCCGACGAAGAGUCAUUGGAAGACAAUGACGAAGAGAUGCCUGCGCCCGCGUUCGACGACGCUGCGAUUGCGAAUAACGCUGACGGAUUCUUGCAAGAACCGGAGGAAGCGGUGGAAGCGGCGAACCACAACGCCGACGAAGGGGAGUUGGAAGAAUACUACGACGAACAAGUAGUCAUUCAGCUGAUCCAUGCCGCGCUCUACCAGAUAUGUCUGCUCCUUGGAUCACUGGUCAUCGGCGUCUCCUCUGCGGUCUACAUGUAUCGGGUGGAGACGUCUCUGAACUGGUGGAGCGAAGAAGCGGCCCGCGGACACGUUUUGAUGCCCGUCAGACUGGUGUCCUGGCUGAAAUGGCGGGCCCAGGCGUUCCUCGCUGCGAACCUACUCGCGUCCAUAGUUGGGUUCCUGGGUUCGCUGCGUGUCAACCUGCACCUCCUCCUCUUCUACAUCAUUGCGGUGGCGGUGUUCAUCCCGGCCCCGUUCGUCGUCGUUGUCUGCUGCCUCCUGCCGCACUCCAUCAGCUGCUACGUAUUCCCGAACGCCUUCAGGUACUUCCUGGUGGUUGCGUGGGACGGCGACACCAGGCCACUGAGCGUACCGAUGCUCUGCGCCGGUCCCGUGAUCGCGGUUUGCUUCGCAUGCGCCACGAAGCUGUACGAGUCCAUAGAGAUGGCGGCGGCGCACGUUGCAGCGGUGCGACGACGGGGCCGCCGCCGCGUCGAACGGCGGCGGCGAGGCUAGACGUCCUCGAGGCCCCUCCGGUCGACCCGCUACAGAGGCCUCUACAGAACUGCUCGACUGGCCGCGUAGGCAGUGUCGAGAUAGCGUCCUCUUAUUGCUGCUGCUUUUGGUGUACCGAACUAACAAGAAGACGCCUCGAAGUAUUCUGUGCUGUGUUAUUCAGCCACCGCUGUGCCCCGCUAUUCUUAUUUGAGUAUAGCGCGGUGCCACAGUGGCUAUGACGUUCUGCUGCUGAGCCACGAGGUAGCAGGUUCGACUCGCGGCCACGUGUCGAACCUGCUAUACCUACAUCCAUGGGAAUAAACUAUGUUCAG